UGAAAGGCAUGGGCAGAAUUAAGCGCUGAAGGUUUCCAGCGUGCUUGUAGAGCAGUGGGAAGAAAAGGGCUCCCAAAGAUUAAGAGAUACAAAAAUACUCUGCAACAAGAAGCCUGGACGCUUAUGAGAGCACUGCCUUCAAGGGAAGCAUCAAACCCAAAUCCAAGCGGGCAUUAAAGAAAAACAAUCCAUGGCAAUGAAAUACUGCCUCCCUUGUAGGCAGUCAGUUUUGUCUUGGACUUCAAGAGAGCCAGGAACUCACCCCUAGAGGUCAUUAAAAUUCUUAGUAGUAACAGCACUUCUCUAGUAACCCUUCACAACAGGCGCUGGGGUUGAGAUAGCCAAAAAGCACACUGGAUAGAAAAAUACGCUGCAGAUGGCAGAGAAAGCAGUCAGAAAUAUUCAUUCCCCUCAAUUGCUCCCCAAAUGGGGAUAUUUAGGCAGAAAGCUGCAGUUGGGCAAAUCCAGAGCUGGGAAUCAGGUAGGAUACCCUUUUUCCAGGGUAAGAGGUUUCCCGAAGUGAAGCUGGCUGCUCCAACCAUUCCCUUCCUAAACGCCUUUGAGGGGUUGAUGUGGGGGGAUGCACAGUUACAGUUUGCUUGUGUCAGUCUGCUGUGUGAUGAGUUGUGAGGCUCCAGAGAUGCAAUGUGGUGGGCAGGUUUUUCUGUUUAUUUUGCUAUUGUCUUUCUCAUGGGAUGGGAAACCACUGCAAAGACCGCAAAAAGCAGCCCAGAGCAGUGUCUGAAGUGAAUAACUGAAGGGAAACCCAUUUACUGCUAUUAAUACCUCUGCUAAAAUAAGCAAGCCAUGCCCUGGAGACAGAGAGGACCCCUCUAAGGAUUUAAGUCCUGCACCUGGUUUGUUUAUCUGUUUGGCCUAUAGAAGGAAAAAAUCAACAAAAAGAAAAGAGGUGUGGGGGGAUCCCUGAGAGCUUUUUUUGUCUCCUCCAGGCUGCUCCCUGGAGACAAAAAAGGGAUUUUAUGUUUACAGAGUUGCAACCUUUUCCGUGAGUUGCAGGUGCCAAGGACUUGGAAGAAGUGAGAGGCAGAGUUAAUGAAGUGAGAAGAAAAGCAAAAGGUUAUUCAUCUCCAAGAACAAGCAAUACCCAAACUAAAGGAAAAUACAUUGGACAAAAUAUUAAGAAAACUCCUUUUUUAAAAAAAAAAAUUCUUUGGAGAAGCUGGUUUCCUUUGGCUAGCAGGAGAAAGUGGAGAAAAUGAAGCCAAGUCUGCGAUUUUUCUUAGCUGGUUUUCUGUUGUGGAUUCUGCAGACAGGGCUGUGCUAUGGGAUAAAAUGGAUAGCUCUGUCCAAGACUCCUUUGGUUUUGGCCCUGAAUCAAACCCAGCACUGCAAGCAGCUUGAAGGCCUGGUGGUUUCUCAGGUGCAGCUGUGCCGCAGCAACCUGGAGCUAAUGCAGACCAUUAUUCAGGCAGCACGAGAAGUGAUAAAAACCUGCCGUAAAACUUUUUCAGACAUGCGGUGGAACUGCUCUUCAAUAGAGCUGGCUCCUAACUACUUGCUGGACUUAGAGAGAGGCACAAGGGAGUCAGCAUUUGUGUAUGCCCUGUCUGCUGCUGCCAUCAGCCACACCAUUGCCAGAGCCUGCACCACCGGGGACCUCCCUGGCUGUUCCUGCGGUCCCAUCCCAGGUGAGACACCUGGACCUGGGUAUCGAUGGGGAGGAUGUGCAGACAACCUCAACUAUGGUCUUAUCAUGGGGUCCAAAUUUUCAGAUGCUCCCAUGAAGAUGAAAAAAUCAGGAUCACAAGCCAAUAAACUGAUGCAUCUGCACAACAGUGAAGUAGGGAGACAGGUCUUGAAAGCCUCUCUUGAAAUGAAAUGUAAGUGCCAUGGAGUUUCUGGGUCAUGCUCUAUCAAGACCUGUUGGAAAGGCCUUCAAGAACUGCAAGACAUUGCACUGGACCUCAAAACCAAAUAUUUAUCUGCCACUAAGGUUGUUCACCGGCCCAUGGGCACACGCAAAUACCUCGUGCCAAAGGAUAUUGAUAUCAGACCAGUUAAGGAGACAGAGCUGAUUUAUCUGCAGAGCUCACCUGAUUUCUGCAUGAAGAAUGAAAAAGUGGGGUCACAUGGGACCCAGGACAGACAAUGCAACAAGACUUCCAAUGGGAGUGACAGCUGCGACUUGAUGUGCUGUGGCAGAGGCUACAACCCCUACAUGGACAAAGUGGUGGAGCGUUGCCACUGCAAAUAUCACUGGUGCUGCUACGUGACCUGUAAAAAGUGUGAGAGGACUGUUGAGAGAUAUGUGUGCAAAUGAAAACCCUCCUCUGCCCACCUGGGAGCUGAGACAGCAGCGACACCCCAGCACUAUUCAAAGAAAACAUUUUCUUGACUAAACAUCAUUUAUCUUUUAAAGACACAGACUUGAGGAGAGAUGGUAGGAGGAAAAGCAACAAUCAUACCGGUAAAAAUAAGAAUGUAAAAUAUCUCCUAAAAAGCCACAAACCCACAAAUGUUUCCCCCCCACCAAUAAAAUGCUCUCUGAGAAGAUAAAACCUCAUUUGGGAUGGUAUCUUCUUCCAAAGUAUUUCCUAUGUUUGCCAAUGAUGUUCAGCCAUCAAGUGCCUUAGUAUUCGGAGAAAAAAAUAUAGGAACUUUCCCUGGGGGAAAAAAAGCAGCAUUUGUUUCACAGUAACUAAGGCUCACACCUGCCUAUGCCUUCUAGCACAGGUACUGGGUCUCCAUUAGGACCAUCCCAGAAGGGAAAAUGCUACAACUUUUCAGAAAUAACUGCCUUUGUUGCCAAAGACUUAUUUUUUAGCAGGGAAUCAUCCACUCUGAGUGAUAAAAGUGGAAAGACUUCAGGUCAAUCCCGUGAAAUGAGCAGCUAAUUUUAAUCUGUCUUUUACACAAGUCUGCGACUUUGAACUUAUUGCUGAAGUCAUAUGAAUAUGAAGUCAUAUUCAUAUAAUGAAGAAUAUGUCCUUGAUUUGUCCAGGCUGGACAAAAUUCAGCCAUGAAAAAAAUCCCCUGGAAUCUUGGAGGCAGUGAGAGUAGGGCAGGCUGAGAAGGACUUUAUGGGGUCCACAAAGCAGCAGUGGAGCCAGCAGGAUAAAACAACAAAGUGAAGUCCAAGUCCAGUGGGGAAGUAAAGAAAAAAAGCAAGCUCCUGCUCUCUAUCUCUUUGCCCUUUGGGUGUGAUACCCUUAGUCACUGACAUUCUUCCACAUUGACCCAUCAAGUCCUUGGGGAAAUAUGCCACUGGCUUUUUCCCUCACAAAAUUAUUGGUCCAACCUCAGGAAACUGCAGAGGGUGGAGCACUCCUGGAUGUAGGGAGUCAGUAGGUAUUCCCAGCAGGAAGGAGUGGAAGUGUGUCAGUCUUUCAUGUGGCCCUUCCCUGACACUGCAGAGAACCUCUGUCUGUGGCUGUACAUAUUUUCUUUUGUAAGCAGAUAUACAGAAAUGUUUAUAUCUUAUGCUUUCAUCUGCUUUACUUCCUACAUAAAUAUAUCCUUCUGUUAUAAACAAGCAUGGGCAAUAGUAUGAAAUACAUGCUGAAGUUACUGGUGCAACAGCAAAAUAUUAGAUUAUUUUUCACUCUUCUACUUGGAAAGCAACUCUGAUUUUCCUCCCAAGGAUGGGAAAAGAGCAUGGUUUGAGGCACUCACUGGCAUAGGAUAGAUAAGUUUCUUUAUUCCCUGCCUCCCAAGCCUCUUAAUUUUGAGCAGAAUUAGCCAAGAUACAGUCAAGAUAAUGAAACAGAGCACUUGGAAAAAAGAAGAGUCACCAUUGAUGUUUUAGGUUUUUUUUUUAUCAGCAAUCACUCUCAUUGGUAAAAUUUCAAAAGAAUUGAACAGAAAUCAACAACAGAAUUCGACAGAAUGACUAGGUUGCAAGAGACCUCCAAGGUCAUCGAGUCCAACCCAUGCCCUAACACCACAUUUCCUAGUGCCCCUGAGGAGCUUAAUAAUAAACAUGACUCAUACCUCUCAUGUUAUGGGUGGUUGGCUUUUGGCUCCUGCACACAGAAAGGAGUUGCUGUGCAGGGGAGGUUUUAAUAUAACCUAGGCUCCCUUAUUUGCUUUUUUGUUUGUUUUGUUUGUUUGUUGUUUUGUUUGGUUUUGUUUGUUGGUUGGUCUGUUUGUU